AUGCGGUCCCUCUCCCUGGCGGCGGUGCUGCUCGCCAGCACGACAGCAGCCCUCCCGCUCAACGAGUGCGUCCACACACACAGCAAGGAACUCGCCUCAUACACGAGCUGCGGCUCCCACGCCGCCGUAAGCAAGUGCCUCGCCGCUCUGUCCAGCUUCAAGCAAAGCGACCUCGAGCAAUGCUACAGCAAAGCGGGCUGCUCCGCGCCCGAAGCCGCCCGCGAGGUCGAGCACAUCACGGCCCGGUGCCAGCAACAGGAACACCAGCACCAGCGUCCCGACGAGCUGCGAAAGCGCUUCCGCGCCGUCCUGGGACCGGCGCCGGCGACGCAGGCCAUCGCGGGCGUCCACCUCCUGGCGCGGGCCUCGACGACGCCCGCGCCCGUCAAAAAGGGCGCCGACUGCUUCCGCACUAGCGAGUUCGACACGUCGAGCUGCCUCGUGGCGACGGAGAACGGCAAGACGGUGACGCACACGUGCACGCCGUCCAAGGGCACCUCGAGCGACUGCCUCUCGGGCUGGUUCUGCUCGGCCGACAACAACCACGGGGACGUGUGCAUGCAGAUGCGGCCCAUCGACACGGGCGGCAUCAUCGUCUCCAUCGUCUUCGUCGCCUUCUUCGCCAUCGGCUUCGGCUACCUGACCUUUGCGUGCUGCCGCGAGCGCGCCCACCACAAAAAGGUCGCCGCCAAGGCAGAGGCCGUCGCCCUCGCCCGCGCCGCCACAAAGAAGCAGCGGUCGCAGGAGGCGAGGGCCCCCCUCAUGCAGCAGGUCCCCGAGGCCGAUGGUCCUGGUCCCAAUCCCUUCCAGGACCAGCCUGGCCAUGCCUGA